AGGGAAUGGAAUGGAGCUUACAAUAUUGGUUUAGAACUAGAGUGUACGUAGUUCUUUGAUAGAAACCAUGAUUAAAGAGUAGUAAAGUUUUGAUAAUGUCUAUAUUUGAUGUAAAAAGACUUUUUUUAUGAAUAAAAUUUAAUAUUCAUUCAAAAAAAAUACUGCUUUCACUCACUUUCAUUUUUUGUCGGACUGACAUAAAAGGUUAUGAAUGGUAUAAUAUAUUGAUAAAUUCACAACUUAUGAGGGACAAAAGUGAAACUUGAAAGGAAAAACCAAUUUCUUGUUUUUUUUAUAUUGGUAACUAGAGGAGUAUCAGCCCUUCGCACAUAAUAUUGUUUUAUUGUUGUUAAAAGUAUGAUUUUUUUAGAUAAUGUAAUUAUGUGGUCACUUUUAUUUGUUAAGAACAUUAUUUGCUAUUUUUAUUGUGUUAUGUAGUAGUAGUAGUGAUAUGUUAAUAUAUUUUGUCUUUGUUUUUUCAAUAAUGUGUUUUGUGUGUAUAAUACUUGUUAGAGCAUCUCUAAUGUAAAAUUCCAUUUUUUCUUCCAAAAUGGAGUAAAAUUGCUUUAAUCCUACUCCAUUUCUCAUUCUAUAAUGGAGUGAUGAACCAAAAAAAAAUAAAUUGCUCCAUUUAUGGAGUAAAUUUCAUUAUGGAGUGAGAUAUGAAGUUGAGUUGGAACAUUCCUAACUCCAUAUUCACUUUUACUCCAUUUUAGAGGAAAAAAUGGAAUGGAGAUGGAGAUGCCCUUAGUACUGAAGUGAGCCUCUAAUGUAAAAAUAGAUUGAAUUUCAAUAACUUUGCAUUUAUGCAUUUGCUGAUUCUAAAAUUAACGGUUUCAGCUUCAAAAUUGUCUUUUUAUUUUUUUCAUAUUUUUUCAUAUUAUAACUUUUAAGAUAUUUUUUGCCUUCUUCCCAUAUUUUGAUAUUGAGCCGUCAACAUCUAUGUAUUUUGUUUAUCUUUCUGGUAUGCGGUGUUUCUCACCAUCACCUAAAAAGACUCACCUCGUGCUCUUGUUCUUUAUCGCCUUCUUCACCUUGAGAUUUCUGCUAUUUGUCGUAGAUCGGAUUUAGGAGUUUCCAAUUGUGCGGUUGUUUCUCGCGUCGUUUAGGCUGUUUCAUUCAAUAUUGGUCCCUCCUAUUUUUCCUUAGAUUUCAGCUGAUGUUAGGAAUUAUAUCUCCUUGGGUUAGAUCAGAAUUUUUAGUUGUCUUUUGAUGUUGUCUUUCUCGUUGUUGGCUUACCGUCAAUAGUCCUUGCUCGUCUUGGUUUUUAAGAUCUAGUUUUUGAUGAUUUGAUUUAUGUGCUUUUUUUCAUAGCUCGAGGACGGCACAGUGUAUAUUGCUGAUUUGUUGGUGCUUGAUAAAGCUUAUUUGUGUUUUGGGGAUUACUUUGUUUCAGAUUUGUUCUUUUUAUCUUUUUUAUUUAUGUUUGUUAUGGCCAAGACACUCUAUGGUACGGUAAGGUAAGUUAGUCUUCGGUCUUGAUCUCUUUUCAGCUCCAAAACUUUAUUGAGUUAGUAUUACUAUGAUAUUUUGUUUUUUUCAGUUGUUGAGAUUUUAAGUUAAAAUUUGGUUAUUUUGUGAUUUUAAUAGUUUAAUAAAAAUAAAAUAUAGUUUGUAAAUGAAAUAAUAGAAAAUAGUAAAAGUAAUAAAAUAAUGAAAGUUUAUGAUACUUUCAGUUGUGAAUAAAUUAAACAUUUAAAAUAUAUUUAUAUUAUUUUACUUAUUUCUUGAAUUUUAGUGACCAAUAAAAUAAAUUUUCAAAUUACGAUGAAUGUUAGUAUGAGAAAGAUUAGAUAGUGCAUAAUUAAAAAAUGAUGGACUAAAUUGGAAUAACAUAAAAAAAAGAUCUAAAAUACAAAAAAAUGAGGACAUAUGUCGAAAAAUCCCCCAAAGAAAAAAAUCAACUUUAUAUAUAUAUAGAUGGCCAAAUAGAAACUUAUUCAUUUCUUUAUUGUCAGUUAGUUCUUAUGCAAUAAUUUUUGCCGUUUGAAUACGUGACUCUUAUAAGCCAAGUUGAGAGACACAAGUAUAACAGAUAUAAAUCUGUAGGACGAAUAUGACGUAUCCAUUGGAGCCCAUGCUCCGUUGUUCCUCCAUUCAGUGAUUGCACAAUAUAAUAUAUUUGUCUAUGACAAUUUGUUUUGGUUGCGGAUAUGACAAACAAAUCAACUUUCUAACAGAAUUUAUUACAAAAAUUAUGUAAAGUACACGCCACAAAAGAAAAUGUAUUGUACUUUCUUGUUUUUUUUUUUUUGAACUGAGGCUAAUACUUUCUUGUUUUUAACAUAAACUAUUCUAUUUUUGACCAAAAACAUAUAAUACACUCUAGAGGAUCCUAACAAAAGAAUAUUGCUUGGUGAGAUCUCGUGAAAUACAAUUGGACCCAGGCCAAGAAUUGUGUUCUGAUAGUAAAAAGGAAAGUGAUAUUAAGUUUUUAGCUGCAUUGGUUUCGUUAAAAGAGAUUAUAUAAAUUUUUUUAUAUAAUUAUGUUUAGAAUUUUGGAGUGAAACAUAAAUACGAUUAUGGACAGUAUCUUAUCUAUUUUGUACAUAUAUAUUUGCAUGCCAUUCAUUAGUCCAAGUUAUAUAACAUGAUAAAUAAUAUAUUUUUUCAAAACAUAAUCCAUAAUUUUGGGGAAUUUUUCUCCAAGUACAAGCGAAAGCGAGAACUCCAAGUGGGAAAGAAGAUCUCCCUAUAAUAUUACUCACGGCGCAACGCGCAAGUAAUGCAAAGUAUUAACAUCACCCUCAAAUGGAUUCAAGUCAACUUGCAUUUGCUUACAUAUGAUUGGAUCUCACUGUUUAAUCCUAAAUCUAUAAAUACUCUUCCUUCCAUCCUCACUUCUUCACCACAAUACAACACCAAUAAUCAUAAGCAACAACAAAAAAAAAUACAACUCUUCCUUCUAUUUUCUCCAUCCUCAAAAAGCAAAAUGACAUCGAUCAUGUUCUUGCUCACGGCUUUGACUAUUCUUUUCAUGAGUUUCAGAAUUACUCAAGCGACGUCUCGAACCAUAACCUUCCACAAGCCGUCGAUGGUUGAUAAACAUGAGCAAUGGAUGGCUAGAUUUUCUCGCGUUUACCGUGAUGACCUCGAGAAACAGAUGAGACACGAUGUGUUUAAAAGGAAUUUAAAGUUUAUUGAAGACUUCAACGAACGAGAGAACAAAGGCUACAAGCUUGGUGUCAAUGAAUUCGCAGACUGGACCAACGAGGAGUUCCUAGCAACGCACACCGGGCUAAAGAAUAUAACUAGAACUUCCCCAUCCAUGGUGGAAGAUAAAACGAUGUCGUCUAGGUCUUGGAACGUCAGUGACGUGGUGAGCGGGAGCAAAGACUGGAGGAGUGAAGGAGCUGUCACUCCUGUCAAGUACCAAGGCCAAUGCGGAUGUUGCUGGGCGUUUUCGGCUGUAGCAGCAGUGGAAGGUGUGACUAAGAUAGCCAGCGGGAAUCUUGUAUCUUUGUCCGAACAACAGCUUCUAGAUUGCGACAGAGAGUACGACCAAGGCUGCAACGGUGGGAUAAUGUCGGAUGCUUUCAACUAUAUAAUCCAAAACCAAGGCAUUGCUUCGGAGGAGUCUUACUCUUACCAAGGAUCAGACGAGAGAUGCCGGUCCAAUGCAAGACCCGCUGCACGGAUCAGCAGUUUCCAAUCAGUCCCUAGCAACAACGAGCGAGCCUUGCUUGAAGCCGUGUCGAGGCAACCUGUCUCUAUCUCGAUGGACGCAAGUGGGGACGGGUUCAUGCACUAUUCAGGGGGAGUAUACGACGGGCCUUGUGGGACCAGCUCGAAUCACGCGGUUACAUUUGUUGGGUAUGGGAUGACCCAGGACGGGACGAAAUACUGGCUGGCGAAGAACUCUUGGGGGGAAACUUGGGGAGAAAAUGGUUACAUUAGGAUCCGUAGAGACGUGGCUUGGCCUCAGGGCAUGUGUGGUGUAGCCCAAUAUGCUUUUUAUCCCGUUGCGUAAGCGUCUGUUUUUAUAUAAUUUAUACAUACCCUACAAUUCAAAUGGAAAGUACGUCUACGGUCUAUCAAAGUGAUAUAUUAUAAUAGUGUCUUCAUUACUUGAUUAAAUAUUGGUGGCGAUGCGGUUUACGUCUACAUCGCAUAUUUUUUGAGCCACAUAAUUGUAAUGUAUUCUGUAUCGUUCUGUACCUUGCAUGGCGUUGAUGUAACUGAUAAUGUAUUUAUUUAUGAAAAAGUGACGUUUAAAUAAAGUUAUUAUU